GACUCGUUAAAAACUAAAUACACACUACUAGCUUUGAACUAACAAAAUUCCUGUAAAGAACGAGCCAAGGCGAAUUUAAUAAAUUCGCCUUGGAACGAGCAUAUGAAAGCACAGUUGAAAAUUGACGUAUUCGUUGUUGAGUACGAGCUGUGUUGCCAGAAAUUCCUUUAUUUUGUAGAAAAGCUUUCGUAAAAUGAUAUUAAAAAAUUGCGUAAAAAAAUUCGUUUAAACAAAGGAAAAAUAUUUCAAAGCUGGCAAUCAAUUGAUACGGGAGCUGUACACGUAUUAUUUAGCGUGUUGCUCCAAUAUGUUGGCGACGGAAGUGUGAUGCCAUAUUAACGUUGAAAUAAAUGAUAAUAAACGGAAAUGCGCGUUAUUUGAACCUACCGCAAUGAUGUUUAAGAAAGGUUAAUUACAUGUGUGGAUUCAUACUUAUUCUUAAUAGUACAAAAUGUCUGAUUCCAACAAUAUUUCGUCCAUGAGCAGUUUACAGCUACCGACUACUAUUACAACGGAUCAAAGGUUGGCUCCCGCUAGCACUGCACCACAAAAACUGAACUCUGGUUCCGCCACGGGUAACCCGCGCAACAAAUGCGCACUCAAGCCUGGUCACUCGCUUAUGGAUUGGAUACGACUUGGCAACUCAGGUGUGGAUUUAGCGGGCACCCGUGGUCGAGUAACGCCGGUAACUACUGAUGAGUUGGCGUUACAUAAUAAGCGAGAAGAUGCUUGGCUCGCGAUACGUGGCAAAGUGUACAAUGUGACGCGUUAUAUGGAUUUUCAUCCGGGUGGUGUGGAUGAAUUGAUGCGCGGCGUUGGUCGUGAUGCCACUAAACUUUUCGAUGAUGUGCACGCCUGGGUGAACUAUCAGCAAUUACUCGUCAAAUGCUAUAUUGGUCCACUGCGUACGCUGGUGAAAUUGAACUCCAUAUCUGAAGGGAAACCGCCUGUGCCCGCGGCUAACUUUACUAAGCCACCCAGCAGCAAUUCAGUUACUGCCACCAGCGCCAAAGUAGUGCCACGUUUUGAUUGGAUACAGAAGCGUCAAGAUAUUACAAUCUAUAUUUAUACACGUCAGCUUUGUAAUCCCGGGCUGAUCUUGCGUCGCAACAACUCAACUGCGCUCCAACUGCAUGUGCAAAUCGAUCAGGCUCAUCACCUCUUCGCUUUUGAGCUGCACAACGAAGUGAAAUGGCCGCCGAAAUCGGUGUGUGUGAAUAGGGAAAGUGGAAAAGUUGAGCUAACGCUUACAAAAUUUGAGGCAGCAUUGUGGACGACGUAUGGCGCGCACACCGCGUCAAUCGGUUCAGCCGAUGCAAUCGAGAAACUACAAUAUGAGUUCGAAGUAACCAAAUGUGUUGAUUUUAAUAAUGAUUCAUUCGAGUUAAGUUUGCGAGAGAUCCAGGAUGCGUUGAUGGUGCUGCCGAUUGGUUAUCACGUAACAGUGGCGGCCCUUAUAAAUGGUGAUUUAGUACGCCGCAGCUACACGCCCGUUGAUGACACAUUUUUGCAGCAAUCAUCCACUGCCAAUGAAGUCGCUCUGACAAAUCUAAAUUUCCUUAUUAAAAGCUAUAACGAUGGCAUACUUUCGACACACUUGCGUCAACUGAAAACCGGUCAAAUGCUGUUACUCUCAGCGCCACGCGGAAAUUUUCAACUUCAACGUUUGCUGCCGCAUCGUCAAAUCGCGCUUAUCGCAGCUGGCAGUGGCUUGACCCCCAUGCUUAAUAUCAUCGACCACUUGCUGAAACGAAAUGCAAACCGCCUCGACUAUUUACGUCUUUUGUAUUUCAAUAAAACUCCAGCGGACAUUUGGUGCCACAAUGAGCUGGAGCGACUGCAGGCAACUGAUGAGAGAUUUCAACUAUUGAACGUGCUUUCUGAGGCUGACGCAGAGUGGACGGGGCUGCGUGGACGCAUCUGCAAUGAAUUGCUCGCCCCGCUGAUGACAAAAAACACACCAGAAUAUGCUAGUUUUGUGGCGAUUUGUGGGCCCAGUGGAUUCAGUGAAGCGACAGAGAAUAUAUUGAAAGAUUUAAAAUUUAAUGCGGAAAAUGUACACAUUUUUCAGGGAUAGAAUAAGUUAAAUCAAUUAAACAAUUAUUAUGUAGCAUAUAUGUUUUGGUGUUAGCGAUUCGUAGCUAUUUAUAUGUGUUUAUUUAAAAGUAUUCGCUUUUGAG